AUGUCUACUAUUACUCUUGCUACUUACAUUUUUACAAGACUUAAGCAGGUUGGUGUCGACACUAUUUUCGGUGUUCCAGGUGACUUCAACUUGUCCUUCCUUGACUAUAUUGAUGAGGUCGAUGGUCUAAGAUGGGCUGGUAACGCCAACGAAUUGAACUCUGCUUAUUCUGCUGAUGGAUAUUCCCGUAUCAAAGGAUUUGCUGCUCUUUGCACAACUUUCGGUGUCGGUGAAUUGUCUGCUACCAACGGUAUCGCUGGUGCCUAUGCAGAGCAUGUUGGUUUGAUCCACAUUGUUGGUGCACCAACUGUUUCCGCAGAAGAGAACAAACUUCUUUUGCACCAUACUUUGGCUAACGGUAAAUUUGACAUCUUCAAGAACAUGUCUAAGCAUAUCACUGCCAAGGCUGUUACUCUUGAUGACAUUGCCACUGCCCCUGGUAUUAUUGAUGACUUGAUUAGAACUGGUUAUAUUUACAAGAGACCUGUUUACUUGGCCGUUCCAUCUAACUUCUCUGAAGCUCAGGUUCCCGCUUCUCUUUUGAACAAGCGUAUUGAUUUGGCUCUUCCAGCCAAUGAUAAGGAGUCAGAGAAGGAAUUUGUUGAUGAGGUUGUUGAGAAGAUAAUCAAUGCUAAGAAUCCAUGUAUUCUUGUUGAUGCCUGUGCUUCUAGACAUAAUGUUAAGGCUUCUAUUGAGGCUUUGGUUAAGGCUACAAAAUUCCCUGUUUACGUUACUCCUAUGGGAAAAUCUUCCUUCAACGAAGACAAUGAGAGAUUCUCUGGUGUUUACGUUGGUGCUCUUUCUAAAUUAGAUGUUAGAGAGUCUCUUGAAAACUCCGAUUUGAUUUUGUCUAUUGGUGGUUUACUUUCUGAUUACAACACUGGUGCUUUCACUUACCAUUACCACACUACUAAUGUCAUUGAAUUCCACUCUGACUUCUGUAAGGUCAAGGCUGCCGUUUACCAAGGUAUUCAGAUGCAGGCUGCUUUGGGCAAGAUCCUUCAGGGAUUGAAACAAGCCCACCUUAAUUAUGUUCCUACUCCAAUUCCAGCUUCUGUGAAGGAGUACAAGGCUGUCCAGAAGGUUACUUCUGGUCCUUUGACCCAACAGUUCUUAUGGAGUAAGCUUUCUUACUUCUUAAGAUCCGGUGAUAUUGUUGUUGCUGAAACCGGUACAUCUUCGUUUGGUAUUUUACAAGCUCACUACCCAGAGGGUGUCACAGCCAUUUCCCAGGUGUUGUGGGGUUCUAUUGGUUACGCUUUACCAGCUGCUGUCGGUGCCGCAUUUGCUGCAGAUGACAUCAGAGAUGAGCAGAGGGUUAUUCUUUUCAUUGGUGAUGGUUCUUUGCAAUUGACUGUCCAGGCCAUUUCUGACGCUUGCAGACAGCACUUGCACCCAUAUCUCUUUGUUCUUAACAACAAUGGUUACACUAUUGAGAAGAUGAUUCACGGUCUUCAUGCUGAGUACAAUAACAUUCAAACUUGGGACCACACUAAGUUGUUGGAGUUGUUCCACGACAAAGAAAAGUUCCAGAACUACAGAGUUUCUACCGUUGAGGAGAUGAACAAAUUAUAUGCUGACAAGGAGUUCAAUGUGCCAUCCAAGAUUAGAAUGAUCGAGUUGAUGUUGGAUGAGUUUGAUGCUCCAAAGAAUUUGAUUGAACAGGCUAAGUUGUCUGAGAGAAUCAACUCUGGAAAGAACUAG